AGGCGGAACCAUAGUGAUGAGGGCGGCAAAACGGAGGGAAAUUUAAAAUGGUCCGGACUGCCUAACAAAUGACAACGAACAACUAACAGUUAGUUCCUCACCGUCAGAGCGUCAUUUUUAAAAUCUAGUUUUGUAGCCGCGAGGGUGUUAAAAGACAUCUGAGCAGUUUUAGAGUAAUUUUUUAGCUCAUAAUGGAGUCACACCACGACAAGGUUUUAGACUCUCCUUCCAAAAACAGCUACAUUGGGAGUUACUACCAGCCUCCAGACAGGAUACCAUCAGUGUCAAGACAACUGAAGCUUCCUGCUCAUUCAUCCGUCAGCAUUGACCACACUGCCAGCCCUCUGUCUCAGACUACACGCAAUAUAGACAGUAAAGCUGUUGUUGAUGCACUAAAAACCCUCCAAGAGAAAAUCAGGCGGCUUGAGCUGGAGAGGACAGAAACUGAGAAGAGCUACAUCCAGUAUUCACAUGAUUCUCAAAAGCGACAGCAGGUCACUGCAUCAUUCAGUCAAACUGCAGCUAACCUACCCGGUCCGGAAAGCUCUGUUAGGAAAGAGCUCGACUUAAAGCUUCAGUCUGCAGAGGCUCGCUGUAAGGUUUUAGAGAAGCAGCUGGACUACAUGAGGAAAAUGGUUGAAAACGCCAAAAAGGAGAGGAAUGUGCUCAUGGAAAAUCAGGCUUCACUGCAAGGCCAGCAAACCAGCAGCUCAAGCAACAGAACUCAGCAGGAGAAGCUGGAGAAACUGGAGUCUGAAUGUCAAAAAUUGAACAGAACCCAAACUGCAGCAGAGGUAUUGCAGAGGGAGAUAGACGUCAACCUGCGACUGUCCAUGCCAGCCACUGAAGAAACGAAGCCAAAGAAGAAAACAAGAAACAAGACUGGGAAAGCCUUUAAAAAGACCGAGCUGGCAUCGGGCAGCCCGACGCACAAAAAGAUGCCCUUUGUUGCAGGAACAUCAAUAAGUCCGAGCCACUCAGUUCACGCCAAUUUACAAAGCAUCCUUCACAUGAUGAAGCACCAUCAACCCAAGCUGUGUGAACAAGUCAGCGCCCUGCACCGGUCAGGAUGUGGAGCCAGGAAAAGCCUCCAGAGGGACUUUUCUACAUCUGCUGCUGUUUCCCUGAAGCCCGACAGCCUAUCAGUGAGGACGUCUCUCGGCUCGCUGUCCGACAUACUUUUGGCUCUGCAGGAUGAGCUUGGACAGAUGAGUUUUGAGCACCAGGAGUUGGAGCAGCAGAUAGACGCGGCCCAAUAUGGAGGCCACAGAGAGGACCUGAAGAGAGACCUGGAGAGACUGGUCAUCAGGAUGGAGGAGAAGUCAGCCCAGAUCUCCAAGCUCCGCAAACACCAGGAUGCGGUCCAUAGACUGAAGCAGAGCCAGUCACAUGACGAGGAUCACACAGCCAGGCCGCUGAAUUGGAUCAGGCCACCUGCUCCUUCCCCCGUUAAGACCAAACAGAAAGCGAAGAAAGGUAUGAUGAGUCAAAAGAACCUUCAGCUUCUCAAAGAAAGCCAGAAGUUCAGAAAAAGCCUACAACAAAAUGACUUGUUCUGGGAAACAUGAGCCUCUCCCACACAGAGCUAAAUAAAGUACAAGAUGCCCUGCAGUCUGUUUCACCUGCCUAUAAACAGCCUGUGAACAAGCUUUGGUAAUAAAUUACAGACUGAAUAAAGUGCUUUUCACGUUGUGAAACCUAUUAGCCAGUAUGGGUCCCUCAUGGGUGAGCAUUGAUGGACUUUCACUUUAAACUGUUUAAAUUAUGUCAUUCAGACUGCUGAAAUAAAGAUGGAUUGAUUUACAUUUUGUUUUUUAAUAAAGCUUUGGU